AUGUCUUCUCCUCAAACCUCAUUUGCUCCCACUGCUACUGCCUUUGCCCCAGCUGCUGAAAACCAAGUCGCCCCCGCUGCCAACAGGGGAUUGGGCCGCGGCGGUGUUGGAAAGCAAAAGGAGGCUCUGAAGCUCCGUUUGGACCUCAACCUCGAGGUCGAGAUCGCCAUCCAGGCUAAGGUCAACGGCGACAUUACUCUUUCUCUCCUUACCCUAGCUCGUAGAGGAGAAACCAAGAAUCGGAAAGGAAAUGGAUUGCGGCACUUGGAGUGGAGCCCAAGUUCAAGGGAAAUGCUCGACCAUUAUAAUCUGGGGGUAUGGAGAAACUUGGCUGCGGAGCUGCUAACACUUGAAGCGUCGAAGAGCCUCAUGGCUGAAGCCGUCCGAUUGGCUGGUUCAACUCAGAUUUCUACGGUUGUUCUUCGCCUCAAAAAGAACCUAAACGCACAGGAAAAGCAACUCGUACCUUGCAAUUACCCAUUUCCACAUGCGAAUUCAACGGCCUGCCGUGCUGCGUUUCGGAAAGAAUGCCCCUCACUCAAACCCCGGUCUCAGCAACUUGGAAGAAAAAAUGACCACACGCAGUACGCGGUACCUUCAACGGUUACAUCCGAACCACCAGGCGAGUGGGUGGUCGAAGUACACGUGAUGGUGGCCGGUUUCUGCCGCAACAGGAAUUCACCGAUCCGUAAGCUUUCAAGCGACUGGGUGGAAGAAUCAACCAUUUGCGAGUCAAUAGUAUUGAGUAACAAGGAUAUUGAUCGGACCCGACCCACAUAUUGCGGAAAGUUUCCGCGCUCGCCAGCAUUCACCGUGGACUGUCAUGCUCUUAGUGAGCUGGAAAGACCAGGUGAGCACCCCAAUUUCGGGUUAUAUUUUUGUCUUCCAAUCGGAACUUCCGUGGGGAGGGGAAGGUCUGUCCGAAGAUUCAGCGUUUUGAUUGUGCCAGGAGACCGUCUCGUAACCAUUCUCGGCCAACGUUUUUCACGACAUCCCGGCUCUUCCGUCGCGAAUGAAUGCGCAAUUGCGUUUUUUUCCCAAGGCAAUUACAGCUCAUACCUCGCAGAGCCGCGUAAACACGAAUGGCUACCGAACAAUGAGAUCACAAGGACUUUGAAGAAACAUCAAGCAGAGGAACGGAGUAGAAAUCCAGUACCUUGGCGAAGGCACGAAACAAUAAUGACCCGUUUGGAGUCCCUUCGACACGGGUUGUCGUUACCCAUCUACACACAAAGCUGUCGCUUUGGUACAGCUCGGGUGAAACCGCAUCGACCGAGCCUAGUUCAAUUCAAGGAGGCUGUGGUUCAACUCGGUUUUUUGAGGAGCCGUUCGGAAACCAUAUACAAUCGCACCGGCAAGAGUUACCACCAAUCGCGGCCUUUCGAGAUACGUUUUAAUUUCCUCCGCCUAAGUCGCCAUACAGAUAGCCCAUCACACACUUAUGAGAAUCUGUUUAGCGCAGCAUACGCCACCGGCAUACUAGCUGGAAUUUCAUGA